AUGCUCUCCAACACCCUCCUCACAACCCUCCUCCUCUUCUCAGCGCAAACAACAACCACUCUUGCCCUCCCAACAAAAACUCACUGCCAAUGUAAAAUCGUGCCAAACACCCCAUCAUCAUCAACCUCAACAACAACCUCACCAUACGCCAUCGACUCACCCUCAGCCGCACACUGGGCCCCCGCCUCCCCCUCAGAAGACGACUCCGCCUCACCUUCCCCAUAUCCCUUGGCCAGCAGCACAAUCUGCAACACCCUCGCCUCGCAACUCUCGCAAUUCCAACACACCAACCCUGACCUCUACGCCUUGUACCUCCAACGCGCCCCCACGCGCUCCAUCGAUGAUUCCGUCGCCCAAAAUCCCAUUCCAACUUCAGUCCUCUUGAGCGCAACCUCCUCCGACGCCCCCUCCACAGGCGCGAAUGAAUUUAAAAUAGUCUGCUACCAAGAUGAAUCCUCGCCCGAAUCCGCCAUGCCACUCCGCGACAUCCAAUCCUCCCCCUUAACCCUCCUCAUCCUCCAACUCAUCGUCGUCCUCUCCAUUGUCGCCUGCAUCGCAGAAGGCCUGCACAUGCUUAAAAACCUUAUCUCACCACCACCCACACCAUCCCACUCUCUUCGCCUCGCCGGCGCAGAAAAACGCCUCCUAGCCAUCCCACCAACCCCUUACGACAACUCGCUAGACGCAAUGUCGAGCCCCGGUGCCGAAAAGAAACUCCGAGCUUACUACGAAGCACCCAGAUAUUUUGUCGCCCAAGGCAAGAGUGGACGGAGAGAGUUCAUUGCGUAUGACGAUGAUAGUGAUGAUGAGAUCAAUCGACCCGUUUUGUAA